AUGUAUAUAGAUGUAGAAAUUCUCGGAACAUUAGAAUGCAGAGAAGCAAGGUGCAUUGCAAGUUUGAUAAAUGGUGACCAUUUCAGUAAUGCUGCUGGCAGCAGACUACUGUCACAUUUAAGGAAAAAUGUGACAGACAAAGUUUUCUCUUACCUUUACCCCUCAGAAGAUGUACCUUUUGAUGAGGAGCAGGAACAAGAGGAGACAUCAGAACUACUGCUGGACUCCGCCUCUACUAGUGAUUCUGAUAGUGAUUAUGGACAGGAGGGAGAUGACGGACAGGAGGAAGAUGAUGGACAGGAGGAAGAUGAUGGACUGGAGGAAGAUGAUGGACAGGAGGAAGAUGAUGGACAGGAGGAAGAUGAUGGACAGGAGGAAGAUGAUGGACAGGAGGAAGAUGAUGGACAGGAGGAAGAUGAUGGACAGGAGGAAGAUGAUGGACAGGAGGAAGAUGAUGAAGAAGAAGAAGAAGAUGAUGAUGAUGAACUAUUAAGCAUUGAUGUUGAUAAUAUUGAUGCAGAAGAGGGUUUUAAUGAUAGUUUAUAA